UAACGCAUCCUUGCUCUUUUCUUUUCCCACAUUCUAUGGUAGUAACCACAGGGAGUGGUUUCUGUAGGGAUGCUGAUUCUUGUGCCGUUUGUCUGUACGACACCAGGGUCUCCAAUUUGGGAUUUAACGCGAUCAUUGAGGUAUGAAACACUACCUCAGGCGCAUUGCCGCGAACGGCCGGAUAGUUGAAUUUCGCGACAAGCACUCUCAUGCCGUCCCCACUGUUCGACAUCGAGCCUGGCGAAGUGCAAACCUCCGCUGUCAGGCAACCGUGAAAUGGAGAGCGCAUGAUGGAAAAGGCGGGGCGACGGUUCGGGUCUCGCUACUGCUCCCAACAUGA